GUUAUAACGAGUGAACGAUCUCAAGGUCAGAGUGAGCAAAGGAAAAUGCCUGUCAAGUCCAAGUCUCGUAUUACAAUCGCCUGUAAUUCGUGUCGAAUGCGCAAGCAAAAGUGCAGUGGGAAUCGACCAACCUGUAUCCAGUGUCUCCAGCAUCGGCGUAACUGCGACUGGCCCGAACAGCUUAAACGAGGUCCCGCAAAGGGCUACAUCGAAUCCCUAGAGCACCGACUCUACGGCACCGAGAAUCUACUUCUGGGCCUCCUCACCCAGGUCUCCGAUACCCAGCUUGCGGCUGGGAUCCGACACUCCACCAAUAUAUGGCCUCGACCUACCCAACGAGGGAGCAGAUACUGGAAGCAGUUUCCUCUGCUUUCGGUGCCGGAUAUUCGCGCCUGGCAGGGGGACUGUCAACAGGAUACACAACUAGGAUCUACGUCGACCCCUUUGCAGAGUCUGGCGCAAUCUCCCACGACGUCUGGGGAAUUGCCCGUCUCGACGGAGGAACAUUCUCGUUCGGGAGAGCCAGAGCCAGAGCCCAGUCCGGCGGCGCCUGCGGAGAGCCUCCAGCUGCGGAUUUCCGAACCCCAGAACCAUCCAAGUGUGUGGAGUGGGGCUCCGUCGCUCCAUUUCCAGCAGCAGUUUCUAUGGUAGAUGAAAUGUCCAGUGCGUUUACUAUCUCGCUACUGGGUAGAUUCCGGGAGGCGUAGUAUUUUAGAUAUAUCUUUCCAAGGAAGCCGGGCUCUAUAAUGACAACCGAGAGAUAUGUAUAUAUAUAUAUAUCUUUUUAAUUCGUAGUUUCUUUAUUGUGUUCUAUUAUAAACUUGGAGAUU